AUGUCUCCAACGGUGAUUCGCUCCGCACUCGAGGCCUGCAGACUCACAGAUGACGCUGUCUUUAUCACUUCCGACGCCGGAGAUCGCCCAUGGGACGUCCCCGAAGACUUCAUCUGCAUUUACUUGACCUACUUCACGCAAUGCGGGCUUACCUUCCUGAUUCCUUUCCGCCUUCUUGGAUACUGUAAUCGUCGAGGCGUAGCUCUCACUCAGAUGAUGUCAACGUCAGUGACAAACUACACAGGCUUCCGAUCCUUGUGCGGCGAGCUCAAUGAAAAUCCAACUAACCGACUCUUUGAGGACCUUUUCUCGGUUAACCUGCACGCGUCGAAGGAUUGGUAUUUCGCAGCUAACGCCAAACCUCAAAAAGAUAUCGUCACCGGGAUCAAACCCAGUCGUCAUCUUCCAAGUCGUCUACUCAAUUCCGGACUCACUCCGGAAUUCCAGGCAGCUUUUAGUGAAGCCACCUCAGUUAAGGAGCCAAAGCCUCUGAAACCAGAAAGCCGAGCUAAAAAGCCUCGUCGUCCUCCUAGACGGAAAGCGCCGAAACCAAAAAAGAAGCGUUCGACAAUGCUUUCGUUGGAUGAAAUCACAACUUUCUUAGAUGAUGACGAGCCAAACGAUGCAAUGCUAAAUCAUUUUCCCACUACUAAAGGGGACGAACAGAGAGAUGAGGAAAUGGCUCCGAUCGCGAACUCACCUAAUCCGACGGGUCAAAAGAGAUUAAAGAAGAAGACAUCCUCAAAGAAGAUCAAGAGGAUCGAGGGCUCUUCUCAUCCUCAGGAAACAGCCGCCAAACUCAACCCUCCGGUCCCUACUGCAUCAGAGCUCGCUAUUCCUUGGGAUCAGGCUGAAGCCUCAAACACGAGAAAGAGGCAAGAAAGGGAUCACGGCGAGCAGUCCUCUCAGUCAGAGCCGGUUAAAGGGGCCAAGGUCCGCUUUGACUAUGACGACGAGGGUCCUUUGGAAGAUAAUAUCGACGCUUGUGCUGAGCUCUACCACAAGAUCUCAAGCGAGGUCCCGAGUCUGCCGAAGAUCUCCGAGCUGCGGUUCCUGAACCUGUACAAGGGAAUUGCACACACAACUGCCUUGCUCGCUAGUCAGACCAAUACUCUGAUCGCAAGAUAUAAAGUUGCCCUGUAUGAUGAUCAGGUUAGGGUUGCGGAGCUGGAGGAUCGGAUCUCCAAAGUCGUCGAACGCCUUGCUACCGAACUCCAGAUAAACAACGAACUCCAUAAUGCUGUCGAUCUGCUGAAGCGGGAAUGCUCGGACCUUAAAGCCGUCAAGGCUGAACUGACGAAGGCUUAG